ACGUGCGACUAAGAUGGCGGUGUUUUUCAGUGGUAGCUCGUAAUGUGGUUGUGUUAAAAUUCGUUAUUUUGUUGUGCUUCGGUUGUAUUGAAAUUGCCAGUGGAAUAAUGGAGGCGGGGGCCAGUGGCGGUGCGAGAACCACGAGGUUCAUGAUGGAGGGUGUCGGUGCCAGGGUCAUCCGAGGGCCCGAAUGGAAAUGGGGGAAACAGGAUGGGGGAGAGGGACAUGUGGGGACUGUCAGGAAUUUCGAGUCCCCAGAGGAAGUUGUCGUGGUCUGGGACAACGGCACAGCAGCGAAUUACAGGUGCUCAGGAGCAUUUGAUCUUCGUGUGCUCGAUUCAGCCACGACUGGUGUGAAACACGAUGGCACAAUGUGUGACACCUGUCGCCAGCAGCCCAUCUUUGGCAUCAGGUGGAAGUGCGCUGAGUGUGGCAACUACGACUUGUGCUCUAUUUGUUAUCACGGGGACAAGCAUCAUCUCAGGCACAGGUUCUACAGGAUCGCGACUCCAGGGAGCGAGAGAGUCCUGCUGGAGCCCAGGAGGAAGAGUAAAAAGAUUGCCAUCAGAGGUAUCUUCCCAGGUGCUAGAGUAGUCAGAGGUGUUGACUGGCAGUGGGAGGAUCAGGACGGUGGUAAUGGCCGUCGAGGCAAAGUCAAUGAGAUCCAGGACUGGUCAGCAGCCAGUCCUCGUUCGGCUGCCUACGUUAUUUGGGAUAAUGGGGCUAAGAAUCUGUAUCGUGUGGGAUUCGAGGGCAUGGCUGACCUGAAAGUUGUCAAUGAUGCUAAAGGGCAGACUGUUUAUCGAGACCAUUUGCCAUUGCUGGGGGAGCAAGGGCCAGGGAGGACUGGUCCUCAUGGAUUACAAAUUGGGGAUCAGGUUAAUGUAGACCUGGAGCUGGAAAUAGUUCAGUCCCUCCAGCAUGGCCAUGGCAGCUGGACAGAUGGAAUGUUCGAGUGCCUGGGGACAACUGGAAUUGUUGUCAGCAUAGAUGAGGAUCAUGACAUCGUUGUUUCGUACCCAAGUGGCAACCGUUGGACAUUCAACCCAGCUGUUCUGUCCAAAGUACAGACCCCAGUGCCUGUCACUACCUCCACAUCUGACAAUCAAACAUUUGCUGUUGGUGAUCUAGUUCAAAUUUGCAAUGACCUUGAGAAAAUUAAGCUGCUGCAGAGGGGACAUGGCGAGUGGGCGGAAGCCAUGGCACCUACACUUGGAAAAAUUGGUAGAGUCCAGCAAAUUUAUCACGAUGGAGACUUGAAAGUCGAAGUCUGCAGUACCUCGUGGACAUACAAUCCCCAGGCCAUUAUCAAAGUUGCCAGUAGUGAUGGGAGUGUCCCAGGAAAUAGCAAUGGUGAACGGUUGUCUGCACUGUUGAAGAAAUUAUUUGAGACUCACGUCUCUGGGGAUGUUAACGAGGAGCUGGUUAAGUCAGCAGCUAAUGGCGAUGCUGCCAAGUGCGAGGAAUGCCUCAAACGUCUUGAUGCUGACGUCAAUGGGGUUUUUGCUGGGCAUACAGCACUGCAGGCAGCGAGUCACAAUGGACAUCUCGAUGUCAUCAAGAUUCUGCUGCGGUAUAAAGCAGAUGUGGAAAUUGAAGACAAAGAUGGCGAUCGUGCUGUGCAUCACGCAGCCUUUGGUGAUGAAUCAGGUGUAAUGGCCCUAGUUGCUGGUGCUGGAGCUGAUUUAAAUGCCCGAAAUAAACGACGCCAGACAGCUCUUCACAUUGCUGUAAAUAAAGGUCAUGCAGGCGUUGUUCGUACGCUACUGGAGCUAGGCUGUCAUCCGAGUCUUCAGGACGCCGAAGGAGACACUCCCCUGCACGACGCCACCUCCAAGAAGCGAGAUGAUAUGUUGGCACUGUUAUUGGAUUAUGCUGCUGAUAUAACCCGGACUAAUAACACCGGUUUCAACGCUCUCCAUCACGCUGCACUCCGCGGAAAUCCAAGUGCAAUGAGAAUUUUACUCACCAAACUUCCACGUCCAUGGAUCGUAGACGAGAAGAAGGACGAUGGUUACACGGCUCUUCAUCUAGCAGCUCUCAACAAUCACGUUGAAGUUGCUGAGUUACUGGCUAGAGUUGGCAAAGCCGACCUGGAUCUACAGAAUGUCAAUUUGCAGACUGCACUUCAUCUUGCUGUUGAACGUCAGCAUACACAGAUUGUUCGAUUACUGGUACGUGAGGGUGCAAACGUUAAUGUCGCCGAUAAGGACGGUGACACACCAUUACACGAGGCGCUGCGUCAUCAUACACUGUCACAGCUGAGACAGUUGCAGGACGUACAAGACGUGGGACGACUGUUAAUGGGUCUCGGUGCUCAGGGUCAGGAUAAGAAAAGCAGUUCAUUUAUUGCAUGUUUCUUGGCAGCUCACGGUGCUGACUUGGAGUUGAAGAACAAGAAGGGACAGACACCACUUGAUCUGUGUCCAGAUCCCAAUCUAUGUAAAACGUUGACCAAUUGCCAUAAGAAUAAGGAGUCGCAUGACAUUGAGCCGGCAACACCAUCAGCUGCUAUUGACGAGUGCCUUGUGUGCUCCGAUGGAAAGAGGGAUAUGCUGUUCAGCCCGUGUGGCCAUGUCUCGUGCUGCAAUGCUUGCGCACCGAGGGUCAAGAAGUGCUUGAUAUGCAGGGAAAAUGUUGCUUCCAGGAUUAAGAUUGAGGAGUGUGUGGUCUGUUCGGACCGUAAAGCUGGAGUACUAUUCCGUCCGUGCGGUCAUAUGUGUGCCUGCGAGAGUUGCGCAACAUUGAUGAAGAAGUGUGUACAGUGCCGUGUACAGAUACAGCACAUGGUACCACUGUCCGUCUGUUGCGGUGGAGGAGGUGAUGUUACUUACAUUAAGGGGCAAAAUGCUCCAGGCACUAUUUCGGAAGUUAAAGCUGAUGUUGAGGAGGAUGUUGCACCACUAAAUAAUAGUGGUGGUGAGACUGUAUUAAUGAAUAAUGGGAGUAGGGAUACUUCGCACAGUGAUAUCCAGAAAUUGCAACAGCAGUUGCAAGAUAUUAAAGAACAGACAAUGUGUCCAGUAUGUCUGGAUCGCCUGAAAAACAUGAUCUUCUUAUGCGGCCACGGUACCUGCCAAAUGUGCGGUGAUCGCAUGUCCGAGUGCCCCAUAUGCCGCAAGGCAGUCGACAAACGAAUUCUCCUCUAUUAAAAAACCCCGAUAAGACUGUAAACGUAACAGUUAAACCACUUGCUGAGACGCGCAUCGUCACGCACAUCCGUUAAUUCCCCUAGUGUUAAUUAAUAACGAGGCACUAGUGCCUCGACAAUCGAUCAACAAACAUCACAAUUUGUUAAAUCGUUGAAUUCCCUCAAUUUUUCUAAUCAACGUUGUUUUUUUUAUAGAAAUUAUUUUUCCUAAAUUACGAUCACUUCCUCGAUUAUUUAUUGUUAAUCAAAUGUUCGCGAAGUCUGACUCAAAAGUAUCUCUUCCACUAUCGCAUUAAUGUUUUUUGUUACUUUAUUAAUUAUUUGUACCUGCAUUCCAGCAGAAUUAAUCACGAUUGAAGGAACAAUAUUUACCAAGAUUAAACAGUGCAGAUGACAUUUAUACGACAAAUUGUUAUGAAACUGCGGAUUACACGGUAUCUAAAUAGAAUUUACAUACCCUAAAUUCCAAAAAAAUGUGGCAAUCUAGAUUAGUAAUUAACCCAGUAAAAUUAUCUGUUAUCAGCAUAAUGAAUGUCCCCAACUUAUUAAGAAUUAAUAAAAAUCUAUACAAUAUUAGGAUGAA